AUGGCCACGCCAAGUCCAGCUGGAGACGCGGAUUUGCCUGUGUCCCCUGGUCACGGUGGUCAAGGAGGAGAUACACCAAGUGAUACGCCAAUGGCGAUGCCUGCACCAGAUGGAGUUGCAGGAGGAUCCCUUCAGGCCCUGAUAGGGAACCUGUCGGCAGCAGCGCAAGCUUUGGCAAGUGCUGCAGGUACAGGAAGUACCAGAAGUUACGACUCUGCAGCUAAGCUGGUGAAGAGUCCGGAUGUGUUCGCUCCAAAGAAUUUGGAGGAGGAAGUUUCACAGUGGCCAGAUUGGAGUUUCAGUUUCAAAGUGUUUGUGGGAUUCAUUGAUCCCACUUAUGCAGAAGAGUUGAAGAAAAAUGAGACUGGUCAAGUGAGGCAGAUCACAGCUGAAGCAGCGCGCCAAGCAAGAAGAGUAGAGAUGACACAAGAGUGGAACGAUGAGGAUGAAGAGCUCAACUUUGUGAGAUUGUGUCAGGAGUUUGAAGGUUUGGUUCAAGGAGAGCUGAGAAGAGUUGAGGAGUUUGAUAUCUCUUCGAGCGAUGAAGUGGAAGAGAUCGAGGAAGAACCGACUGAUGGUUUGAUGGAGUGGUACCAAGGAUGGUGGUUCUUGGAAACAGAAGUUGAAAGAAGUGUGAGAAUGGUUUCUGAAGGAGAUGAUGUGAGAAGAGCAGCAAGAGAAGUGGAUGCAUGUGAGGUAGUGCUCGACAGUGGAGCUGACUGCCAUGUGUUGCCUAUGGAUUGGGCAGAAGAAGUCGGAGAAACUUCGAACUUUGAGUACCAUCUGAAAGAUGCGCAAGGGAAAGUGAUCCCAACGUUGCCUGUGAGGCAGAAUGUGACGUUUGUUUUCACGAAGGAGUCUGGAAAGAAGUUGAAGAUCACUGACAGUGCUGUUUGCGGCAAUGUCACCCAACCUUUGUUUGCGGUAGGAAAGAUGUGGAAGCUAGGUUGGGGUACGGUGAAUGAAGAGGGAAGAUUGUGGUUGAAGAAAGGAAGUGUUCGGAUACCGAUAUACUUCAAAAGGAAUUCCUCAAUGGCGAGGAUGUGUAUACGGAGACUUGAAGGAGAAGAGAUGACGGUACAGCCUGUGAGGCUGGAGCGAGAACUGAAGAAUGAGUUGAAGAGCAAAGAAGAUGAAGAUGGUUGGUUUGUGCUAAAUGACGGCACGCCUGCAAGGUUUGAUUGGUUUAUGGGGAAGACGUUUGACCCAACGGGUCAGUUCCCUAAUAGACUCUAUGAGGGAGCAGGAGAUGAAGGCGAUUAUUUUCCUUAUAGGACAACCUUGCUAGGAAAGAUGAAAAGAAGUGGAGAAAGAGUGUUGAAUGAAGUGGAUUGGAAGAGUAUGGAUUUCUUUGAGUGUACGGAGAUCUGGAAGGAUCGCGAAAGAGUGCAACUUGGGGCAAGUCCUCAAGCAAGGUUUGAGGUGAUGGUCACCUUGUUGGAAAAAGGAUUGAAGGAACCGAGCGACUAUGGGUUGCUCACGAAUUUGGAAGAGCUUGAAAGAGAACUGGCACAAGAAGGAGUGCCAAUGGAGGCAUAUCAGCCGGAGCUUUUGCAACUUUCGGUUGGAGCUCCAUGGGAUCAUCAGCUGAAGGCUUUGAGGUUUAAGAAGAAGAGAAUUGUGCCUAUUGAUGAUGGGCCAGGACUGCCAAGAUUGGCGGUGGAAGCUGACAAAAGAGUAGAAGAAGAAAAGAGAAGCGAGCCUUCGCCGCCGAGCGACCGCCAAGGAAGCUCAAGUUCUUCUAGCAAGAGUUCGUCGCUAUCUGGAGCAACGCCAGAAGCAAUGGACGACGAGAGCGAUGACGAUGACGAUGAUCCAGGAGAGGUGAGAACAAAGAGAAAAGCGGAAGAUGAAUUGGUGCCCGAUGAAAUGACGUUGGAAGAUUUUCAAAGAGAAGUUGCAAAGAGGAAUGCAGAAGAAGAAGGAGAAGGGUCACCAAAGAAAGAACCAAGAGUAGACGAAGGAACUGGAGAGGUAGAAGAAAGAGUUGAAAAGGUGCCGAGACUUGGAGACGAAGCACGAGGAAGCGCGGCACGAGUGGAAUACCACAUUCGGAGAUUCGCCAAGAGCGAGGAUCCCGAAGAGCAUGGAGAUGAGUAUGUUGACCUCGACGAGACACAGUUGUUUCUAGAGGAAAGUCGAGAAUUCCAGAGCAAGUGGAACGAGAAGGUGUGUGAGACAGAAGAGGACCUAACGGUCCUGUUGCGACACUUCUUGCACCGAGUGGAGGCCACGCAGUGCGUAUGUUCUGAGAUUGUGGCCAUCUUUUCCGACCAGUGCGCGUUGUAUUAG